GCCCUGGCAGGCCCGCCCAGAGGCAGGGGCUGGGAUGCACGCCGGGAUCGACGCCUGAGACUUCGUUGAGCUGCAAGCCUGGGACGCGGGCGAGACCAUCUUCUCUGUGGGCAGUGAGGGCAGCGUGUCUAGGCCAGGACAUGUCUUCCAACAUGAAGUCAGCAAAGGACUUACUCAUUUUAGUGGGAAAAGUACUGUUUUCUGUUUGGGAAGCUAUGGUUUUCAGCUUAAUCAGAAAGCCACGGAAGAACAUUGCUGGGGAAAUUGUCCUCAUAACAGGCACUGGGAGUGGACUGGGAAGGCUCUUAGCUUUGCAGUUUGCCCACCUGGGAGCUGUGCUUGUCCUCUGGGAUGUCAAUAAGGAGGGAAAUGAGGAGACGUGCAAGAUGGUUCAGAAAGCUGGAGCCACGAGAGUUCAUGCCUACACCUGUGACUGCAGUCGAAGGGAAGAAGUGUAUCGAGUGGCCGAGCAGGUUAAAAAAGAAGUAGGCGAUGUCUCCAUUCUAAUCAACAAUGCCGGAAUCGUAAUAGGCAAAAAAUUCCUGGACUGCCCAGAUGAGCAUUUGGAAAAGUUAUUUGAUGUGAAUUUCAAAGCACUAUUAUGGACUUAUAAAGCCUUUCUACCUGCCAUGGUUGCUAAUGACCAUGGACAUUUGGUCUGUAUUUCAAGUUCAGCUGGAUUAAUUGGAGUCAAUGGGCUGGCAGAUUAUUGUGCAAGUAAAUUUGCAGCCUAUGGAUUUGCCGAAGCUAUGUUUGUAGAAAUGUAUGCCCAAAACAAAAAGGGGAUCAAAACUACAAUUGUGUGCCCAUUUUUUAUAAGAACCGGAAUGUUUGAAGGUUGUAAGAGCAGCUCUUUGCUGUUGCCCAUUCUGGAACCAGAGUAUGUAGUCAGGAAAAUAGUAGAUGCCGUCCUGCAGGAAAGACUGUACUUGUACGUGCCCAAGUUCCUCUACUUCGCGAUGUUCUUGAAAAGUAUCAUGCCAAUCAGGCCAGCACUGCUUAUAUCAAACUAUUUGGGCAUCACUAAAGCAAUGAGUGGCUUCACUGGCCAAAAGAAGAAAAACUAAAAACCAACUCUAUUGCAGAUGGCAUCUGAUCCCCUACAUGACAUUAUGCUUAUUUCAAUGGAGAAAUGUACUUUUGUUUGACAAGAGAUGUCUGGAGACCGGAAGUACCAUUCUUACCCUGCUAUCGGACUAGAAUUUGCAGUUUGAUGCCUUUGAAAACAAUGUUGCUGUCUUCUUCCUGUUGCGUUUUGGUUCUGUUUUUGCCUUAUUUUGUUUUUCCUUCAAAAAUAAAGGCAGCUUAUUUUUGUCAUUUCUAUUUGCAGCAGAUGUGAUAGAGGAGAGAGAGAAAGGGAAGCCUCUCUUGUGAGUUGCCCUGAGCCCGCAGCGAGGACAGAAGAGUACGAUUCAUGUCCGGCCAAAUGUGUUCCAGAGGAUACAGUGCUCUGGACUUCUCAGCACUGGCCUUUUGAACCUGCUCCUUCCAAGGUAGAAAAGGCUAGAAUCCCAUGCCCUUCUCUUUGAAGAAGCUACACAGACACUUACUUCUAAAUGCCCUGUAGGCUCAGACCAAGCACCAGUCUGGCUAACCGUCCAGCAGCCACCGCCACUGUGUCCAGCCGUCUAGACAGUGAUUCUUUUAAGUAGGUUCACAUGUUUUUUCCUAGAAGAAACCAAAGAAUGGCUUUUCUCUGAAAAUUAGAGAUUUACUGCUACCUGUUGAUCCAAAAGACAUUCAUAGUAAGUGUUUAACUUGGUAGUUUAAGUUGGGAUUCACGUCCAGGUAUUUUCCACAGAAUGGGCCAUUGAGUGUAUUUGUAUUCAUCAGGCUGGCCUCACUUCAGAUCUAUUGUAUUCUUACUGUGCAAUCUACUAGCGAACUGCUCUCAUGCUUUGAAGAUUAACUAUGAAAGCAAGAGUAAAAAACAGUAUGUUAAUUACCAUAUCUGUGGAUGGCCUUCUCAGGCUGAGGGGGGAGGGUGUACCUGCGCUGUGAGAGAAACAGCACCCUUUGUCUCGGCCCUCUGUGGGAAGCAGGACAGAAUGACAGGUGCUUUGGAUGAUCCCUUAGCAUCCGAAGCCUGAGUAUCUUGAGGGUCAGAUGCUCUUAGAGGGCCAGGAGGCUGUCAAGGAGCGUCAGGGAGCACAGUGCCUGGAAUCAGGGUGAGCUGAUUUAUGUGGAGUGGCCAGCACAACCCGGACAAUUCGGUUCCUGUAUUUCCUUUCCAUUCAGAAAGGCUUUUUGAAAAAUAAUAAAGCCAUUUUUAUGAUAGUAACAAUGGUAACUACAUAUUUGUGCCUGAUACCAAGCUAAGUACUUUAUAAAUGUUUUCUUAAACAA